UCCCUAUCAAUAUGACCAUGUUCACAAAGAAUCCAAAUUACACUUCAACAGAAAAAAAAAUAUAUAUUAGGAUAGUCUCAUGAUUCAAUCGUGUCACAAGGUAAACAGCUAGGAAACGCCUCAAUGUCUAAGGUCAAUAGAAGAGACGAUGCGGCAGCCUAACCACCACCUCCCUCUCUCAGCCUCUUCAUAAACGCUGCCAUCUUUCUGCGAGUGAUGAAAGAUUGAAGGAAACACCACACCAAAUAUGGCAAACAAGAUGAAGUUGGCCAGGAACUCGAACAGAGAGUCCCAUAGGUUCAGAUUGGUGGUUUUUGUGAUCGGAUGCUUCCUCGUCUCGAUGACCUUCAUUGUGGUGUCUCAACCUCAAUCAAUCCCCUUUCCCAUUCUGGGUUUAAAACCAAGAGUUCAUGUGGCUCCAAGCACUCCCAAGGCCGAACAGACAACACAUUCUCAGCAACCGGGUGGAGUUUCAGGACAGAACAACGCAACAGAACAGAGCAAGCAGGAAAUCGGGCGCGAUAAUGAGACUCAGGAGAGGAGCAUGAAAGCUGAUGACCCAAGAACCCAUCAAGAUGAAGUGGGUGGUGAAAUUAAUUCAGCUCAGAAGGAAACUUUUCCAAGCACUACUGAUAAACUAGAGAGCGAUAACGGCAUGCUGGAGAGAAACACGAAAACUGAUGCAUCCAACUCCAAUGGAGGGGAAUUGCACAGAAAAUUUACACUCCCAACAAUUUCAAACUACACCAUUAAUGAUUCAUUUCAAGUAGAAAAUGCUAGCAAUGCCGAGCAAUUAGGGAGCGAAAAUGAGACCAAGGGAGGAAGCGCUGCAUGUGACCCCAAUUCUGGUAAUUGUGAAAAGAAUUGGGAAGAAAACACCAGCAAUUCCAAGCAAUUAGGUGUGGGGGACCAGAAGAUGAAUUCAGAGAGGAAGCCAUUAUGUGAUUUUUCUCACUACCGUGUAAACCGAUGCGAAAUGGAAGGUGAUAUCAGAAUUCACAGGAACCCUUCCUCCAUUAUAUCUGUGGAAUCCACCGAGAGAAGCAGUGAAUCAUACCGCAUUAGGCCUUACCCUCGCAAGGGAGACAAGAUUGCCCUUAGCCGUGUCACAGAAGUGAUAGUGAAAUCAAGCAAAGAAGGUCCUCAAUGCAGCAUAAAUCACGACGUCCCUGCUCUAGUUUUCUCAGUUGGCGGAUACACUGGAAACCUGUUCCAUGACUUCACUGAUGUAAUGCUUCCCAUCUUCUUGAGCGCCAGCCAAUAUAAUGGAGAAGUCCAGUUUGUCAUAACAGAGACCAGGCCUUGGUGGAUGCACAAGUAUGUACCCGUAUUCCGGAAGCUCUCUCGCUACGAAAUCAUCGACUUCGACAACGAUGAUAGAGUUCAUUGUUUCAAGCAUGCCGUCGUGGGUCUUCGAGCACAAAUGGAGUUCAGCGUCGACCCCUCGCAAGAUCCCAAUGGCUAUUCCAUGGUCGACUUCGGUCGGUUCAUGAGGAGUGUCUACUCAUUGGAGAGAGACACCAUGACCAAAAUCGAAGAACACCCCCACAGAAAGCCAAGACUUGCCAUCAUAUCAAGGCAAAGGACCAGAAAAUUCACUAACAUUCCUGAGAUAGUUCAAAUGGCACGGGAUCUGGGCUAUGAAGUGGUGGUUGAAGAGGCUGGUAUAAGCACCAACGUGUCUCAGUUUGCCGAGGUUAUUAAUUCUUGCGAUGUGCUCAUGGGAGUGCAUGGUGCUGGUCUCACCAAUCUAGUAUUCCUCCCAAUCAAUGCAACCAUCAUCCAGAUUGUACCAUGGGGUGGCCUAGAAGGGAUAGCCAUGUUUGACUUCGGACAUGGAGCCAAGGCCAUGAAGCUGAACUAUGUGCAGUAUAGUAUCAAUGUGGAUGAGAGCACACUGACUGAGAUAUAUCCAAGAGAUCAUCUUGUGUUCCAGAACCCCAUGUCCUUUCACCGAAAGGGGUGGGAACUUCUAAGGGGAACAUUCAUGGACAAACAGAAUGUGAAGUUGGAUGUGAACAGGUUCAGGGAUGUUUUGUGGAAAGCCCUUGAGCACAUGAUGCAGUAGGUGUUUGUUGAAGGCUCUGUAUAUCUUUCAGUUCAUUUUUGUUUUUCACCAAUUAAUUUUUAAUUUAAGCCGAAAAGCUUUCGCAAGAAAGAUGAUGUCUACGAUCUGAAGUUUUAGCUGUAAUGGAUGAUCCUGUUUUGAAUAUUUUUGUAGGGGAUACUGGGUGGUUCAACCUCCCUUUCAUUCAACUAAAGGAAUAAGUUGCAGAGGAUGGUGGAUGAUACUUGUAUUAAAAA